UUUUAUCAACCAGGCAAGGCUUCUCUUGUAUUGCAAAAAUACUGGAGAAGCCCGUGCGCUACUGCACUUUAUGCUUGAAAAGGUGUUUUGCAACGAUGUCACCACACUUCAACGGAAGCUUCAUAUUCCGUACUUCAUACGGCAACAACAGCAAUUUCAUCGAUGACGAGCAAGCUACGGAACAGGCAUCUUCAUCGUCCGAUUCCACAUUCACAUUGCCUCUCAUAGUUGUGGGGAUAUUUGUCACGGCAGUUCUCAUUGUUCACUUCAUUGUGAGUUACAUAUACCGGUCACGUCCCCGACUAGACGAAGACAAUGUUCUUCGGUUGAAACACCAGCAAUCCGGUGACAUCCCUCGCGGCGUCGAAUCCAGAAACACCACUUGCUCGAAUACUAUGUUGACUAAUGUAAUAACGCACGUGGAAAUACGAGAUCAAAUAAUUGGCGAGGACGUUAAUCUAUCAAACGGGAAUUUGUGGUCAAAAUGUGCCCAACCAGCUGUUUUGCCUAGAGAUGUUAUCGAUUCCGAUCCGACCAUUCGUUGUCACGGAGAUUUUAUCAUCGGAUCACCUGCUGUGCAAUCACUACGAAGUACGUGUUUACACUUGAGGCGUCCAACCCCACCCGACUCGACGAAAAUAAAAGCAAAACCUAAUUUAUUUUGUGAAAAACAACCUUACAAGAAAAACAAUUCUUUUGAAUUUAGUCGGACCUCGUUAGCAAACGUAUCAAGUCCCCUAGGUAAUAACACGCGCAGUACGCCAACUAUGUAUUACAUUGAAGGCAGCGGCAGUCCUCCGACAUUUCCAUACAUAUGUAAUGACAGUAGACAGAACGAUAAAGAGCUCUAUUCUUCAUCUGUGCUGACGUCAUUGGUUCAGUCACCUCACAACAGUCGAAUGAUAUCUAGAGACGGUGCAUGUUCAUUUCUGGGCUCUGGGCUCGAUUUCGAUUUCGGUGCCAGUGUCGGCUUCUCUGGACAAAUCGCCUCUUCUGAUCACUGCACCUCGUUUCAAGAAGAAUGCGUGGAAGACGAUACUGAAUCUGACGAUUUUGGCGCUUCUCAAUUAUCCUUUUCGUGGGAUUGGGAUAGCAUUACAGCAGAUUAGCUGUCACAUAACUUUGAAUAUGUUGACAAAAACCUUAUUCCCAC